GCGGUGUUGGAGAGGUCAUGGGCAGUUGCGGCCUACGGUCAUGCCGAAACGCAUUACAACUUGCUUUGUGUUGUUCCAGAUGCUCGUUAUCUGCGACUAUCACUAAUUGAUGAAAAGAUUUAUGGAGCAUUUCGCGAAAUGUUCCCAGGCAUGAAUGUCGACUGCAUUACUGAGGAUGACAUAAAAUCAGACCAACAAAAAGAGCUCUGGCGAUCUUUCUGCACCAAAUUUGAGAAGAUUUUUGGGGAUUAUAAUUUUGCAACUCUCUUGAGGCUAGACUCGGCUCGGGGCUAUGACGAGGACAACACUUGUGUUGGUGAGUUCAUGUAA